CCGACAGUCAUCCAUGCCGGUGAGACGACGUCACCCAUCUGGUUCUGAGAUUAGAUCAGGAUUUUCAUCCCUAAAACGUAUCACAGGAAAAAACUAUUAUUUUGAAAAUUUAGUUCUUGAAGGGAACAAUGUAAAGAGCCUGGCUUAUGUAGGGGCUUUAAAGGUGCUGGACAAAGUUGGAAUCUUAAGGAAACUGAAAAGAUUCGCUGGUGUAGGAACUAGUGGUGUCAUAGCUUCUCUAUUAGCUGCCGAUUUUGAUUGCGAUACAGUCCAGAGGUUGUUGAACGAGCAUAUUGAUAAUUUGCUAUUUGAUAAUCAAUGUGAUGUACUUGCAAAGGAUGUAAUGGAAAAGUUAGGUCGUAAUUCGGGAAGGAAGUUUUUGGAAUGGUUUGGCAACAUCUUAAGGAUUAAAUUUGGCAAUGCUGACAUCACCUUUAGCCAGCUAUAUGACCAGACUGGCAAAGAGCUCUGUAUUGUUGUGAUGAAUCUUAGCCGGAGGUGCGAAGAAUAUUUUCAUGUGAAAACUACUCCAGAUGCAGUAAUACGCCGUGCAGUUCUCAUGACCAUAUCAUUUCCAGGUAUGUUUCAGCCAGUCAAGUACCAUGUCGACGGGCAAGAAUCGUAUUACUUAGAUGGUGGAAUAAUUUGCAAUUAUCCUAUUAAUUGCUUCGAUGGUUGGUGGCUGUCGAUGGAAUCAAAGAACAACUUUGUGGAUCAGUGUUGCUCUGCGGCUGAUAUUACAACUUUUUACAAAGGACGUUUCUUAGGCAAGAACUACGCCACACUAGGAAUACUAUUGUAUGACAACUCUCAUUAUACGGAAGAGUACUGUAUUGUUAAGCAACAACUAAACAUGGCUAAGGCGAAUUCAUUGAUACCCAACACGAAGCUUGGCAGACAAUUUAAAGAUGCUUCAGAGAUAUCGAUGUUACAAAUGGAUGUGUUUGAACGGUUUUCUGACAGCAACGAACAAUUUUGCAUGUUGUUGGACAGCUUGAAAGAUUGCGAUGAUGCUGUGGAAAUAAAUACAUUGGCAAAAGUAUUAAGCAGCAAUGAAUGUUUGAGUGCCACGGAAAAAGAAGUCCUGUUUGGAACUGCGAUGAUCAGUGAAGCCGAGUGCGCUGAAUUCUUAAAUAAGAUAAGUAAUGGAAAUGAUAUGUUGGCCGUCUCAGAUAUGGAGAAUCUCUUGGAGAGUAAAAACUGGGCGCUAUACAGCCAAUGCUUAUGCAGUGAAAAGAUUGAAAUAACCAACCACUUUUGUUACUGGGGAGUUAUAGCGAAUGUUUUACACAGCGGUACCAGUAAAGUCUUGAAGGACAAUCUUGAUAGGACUGUUGGUGUAUACACUGGAUAUAUCGACAACAGCACACUUCAUCUCGAAGAAGCUGACGAAUGUUAUCUCAUUCAGCAAGGAUGGAACUGUACUGUGUCUUAUCUGCGGCAACUUACCAUGUGAACCGAACGUACUGAAGUGAAUCGAAAACCGGCUGAUUAAUUAACAAGGAAUGUCUCAAUAAUUGUAAAAUAUAUAAAUAAACUGAGUUUCUUGAGAAAGUAUUUUCGUACUUUGUACUUCGGA